GGCUAAUCAGUACAAACAUCAUCCAUCUUCACAAAGCCCAGGACAUAAUAAACAGCAACAAAGCCGUCUCCCGAAAAGGUUGUCACAGCUACCCCGUAUCUAAUAAUUUCAACUCUCAUUCCCAACGCCUAAACAUACCUAUCUACUACGUAUCUACACCGAAUAUCACCAACAAAUGGCCGCUCCGACGGAGGCCCAGAUCGCUCACCAAGAGCUGAUCGACAAGCUCGACAUCCAUUCCAUCCACAAGAACUUCCGCAACCCGCACUGGCGCCCGAACCAGCGGCGCAACAAGAACAUCAAAACCAUCCUCGGCGACGCCUCGCGCAAGGAAGCCUCCGUGAUCGUGACCCCCCAGGACAACAGCGGCGCCGCGACCCCCGCGCAGGGAGUCGACGGCGACGGCCUCUCCACGAGCGGGUCGUCGACGCCCGCUCAGCAGUCUGCCGCUGCCGGCGCCGGCAACAACCCCAACAACCCCAACAACCUACAGCCUAACCUCGCGCAGGCUUCGCGGAGCCUGUCGAAGCUCGUGCUGGAGAAGAGCUUGAAACCCAACGGCGGCGCUGGCGUCGUCUCGGCCGCGCCCAGCGCGACGUACACGAACAUCGAGUCGGCGCCCUCGCUCGCGCACACGAAGCGGUACUGCGACAUCACGGGCCUCCCUGCGCCUUACCUCGACCCAAAGAGCCGGUUGCGGUAUCACAGCAAGGAGGUGUUUGGUUUCAUCCGCACCCUGCCCCAGGGCGCGGCCGAGCAGUAUCUCGAGGUCCGAGGCGCGCAUACCGUUCUGAAAUGAGAGGAGGAGGGCAAGAGGAAGGGCCUAAGGCAAUAUCGCAGAUAUCAUAGAGGAGGUGUACGAGAUCCUUAUUUCACUACACAAGAGUCGACAGUACAGCGCGGUUGUCAUGGCUUUGUUAUACCUAUUAUUUUAACUACUAUAACUACUAUAACUACGACUCGUACUACAAUGGUCGGGCCGCUUAUACAUACGGUUAGAUAUGUAGCUCGAGUAGAGGAAGCCUUGCGGUACAGCCUAGGGAAUAUUCACAUCUUUACGACAAGAGGGGCUGGUCCCUAGGCCAGA